AUAUAGAUACAACCUUUCUAGCUAGCUUUCUCAGACGGUAUCCCUAUUUAUGUUGCCUUCGCUAUGUCACCUACCGUAGCUCUACUGGCUAGCUAGCAGUCGUCUAUGGAUGUUUUGCUUGGGUAACUUGCCUCCAUUACUUUUACGGUACCGGGUAUUGUUGGCUCAGUGGGAGCGACGGCCUCUCCCGGAUUUUUGGUGCUCUCCUCCAAGUCUUUCGGUGUCAGCCAGAUCUUUGCGCCGUUCCGCCAGAUCUUCGCGCGCUUCCUCACACCGGUACCGUACCUCGUUGGAAGCUCCUCCAUUGUUACUAUAUGCCUGUAGCUACAAUAGCCAGUCUCCAAUAGCAAGUAAGUAUCGACGAGUGCAACAUGAGUAACAGCAAGCCAGAUGGCAGUAAAAUCAGCGUCCGCUUCGUCUUUGUGGUGGCUCUGGCUGUUUGUUUUAUCCAGUUCAUUCGAUAUGAUGCCACCCGACCAACUCAAGGGCUGGAUCAGGAACAUGAACUACUAGAUGUUCCUACCACAAGAGACCUCUCCUCGGCAUCUCCCACAAAAUACGAGACAAAAGCAGCAGCAACCAAGCCACAAGCAGAAGAACAAGAUAAACCAAGACCUUCUCGAUAUACCCCAAAACAAAAAGAUCAGCUGACAACGACCACAAAAUUGCCACCCAAAGAACAAGAUCUGGCAACUGUAGCCAAAACAGAACCAGAAGAUACCAAACAGCCAACACCAACGGAAUCGCUUCUAUUAGACAAGAAAGCUUCUUCUGUCAGAGUAAGAGAGAAAUCGGACGGCGCAAAGGAAAACCAAUCGGAAAAACCGAAACAGUCCAAGACUGCGAAAGAAGCCAAGAAAGAAAAGCCACAGAAAACCAAGAAGAAAAACCUGCCAGCAGUAGAGAAACAGUCCAAAACAGCGACAGAAACACCACCACCACACGAAACCAAGCAGGUAGAUGUCCAAGAAGAAGCGAUCAAUGCGCAACCAAGUGACGCCAAAUUACCAAAGAAAGAAACCAAAGAGGCAGCUGUCCAUCAAGAGCAUGCCAACAAUACACAACCAAGUGACGCCAAAAUUUCCGAUAACGGUGAGGAGACUACACUACCACUGUCAAACCCAAAAAUUUCCGAUAAAGUUGAGGAGACUACACUACCAGUUUCAAAAGAACUGGAGCUAGUGCAAGGCGACAAAACAACUCUAUUUUUGUACUCGAAUUCCAAUUGUUCUUCCCAACCAGUGCAAUUCAUGGAAGCACACGGGAAGGAGCCCGCAUUGCUAAAGACGGACACUUUUCCGAGUUCGGCUCGUGUCCAAGGUUCAGGUCUCGCAGAAGUGCUGAGGGGCGAAGCGGGGGAAUCAUACGUGGGCGUGUUGGUGGAGCAGGAUGGUUGCUUUGACUUUGAUGCGUUGCGACGGUGGUACAGCUUUAACCAUGUGAGGUUCAUGGUGCACACCGCAUCCAACACGGACACGGCCAUAUUUGGCAAAAGACAAAUACCCGAAGCACUUCAGAAACAAUUCACUACAGCAGCCGACAUAUACAAGCCUCACACCAAAAUUGUUUUUAGUGUCACUUCGGCACACUACUUUGGAUAUCAAGUGCUUGCCAGUGCCUUUUCCUUUUUGGAUUCCAACCAAACCAAAUCCAGCUGGAUUCGACUGCUAUCCGCCAAACAGCCGGACGAUCUUGCGGAACGAUUUCCAACAUUUACAGCUCCCAGAACUCCUGAGAGCAAUUUUUACACUCCAAUCAACAAGCCAGAUGUCAUUAUGAAGUGGUUUCAGUCCAAAGAUGCACCUCAUCCAGAUGAUACCAUAGUGGUGGUGGACCCAGAUAGCUGGUUCUUAAAAGAUAUGAAUCGCUGGGUGUCUCCAGUCAAGCGCAAAAAGGCGAGAGGGCAAAAGGCAUUCUAUGAAUGGAACCCUACGCAAUGCCAGGAACUGUGGAGACUAUUCUGCCUAACAAAUUGUGACAGAGACAUCGACCUUGUUGGGGUUCCGUACUUGCUCAAGGCUUCCGACUUGAAGGAAGUUGCUCCAUGGUGGAAACGCUAUACAAUGAUGCUACAUGCCAGGCUUGAAGCAGAACCACAGCUUUUGAAAAAGUACGAAACGUUAGGUUUGGCAUGGGCGAAGGAAAUGUACGGUUAUAACUUUGCUUGUGCUCAUUUGAGCGUCAAGUCGGACGUUCUCAAAGCAUUGCAAGUCCGAGAUAUUGAGUCAAAAUUCGCCCACAAACUGUACAAGCAAACUCCUACAAUUCACAUGGGACGAGCCUGGUUUCCCAAAAAGGCUGCUACACAAGCUGAGCAAUGGAGGAAUAGCGACGAUGGCGGGUUCAAUUGCAAGGGAAAUUGUAUCCAAGUUUGGUGCAAAUGCAAUCUCACGGCAUCAGAAACCCCAAACCAUCCAUGGCCAUUACCGGACGGUCUAGACUUUGUGUCUUACCACACGUUGAGGAUCUUACAUGAUUCUGCAGAGCGCUUUGGUCCGGUGCCUCAAAAUAUCACCUUCCGAAAUCCAAGAGAUCCCUACUAUCCCUCACAGUAGAAUUGCUAGGGGGGCAUUAGAGGCAAACACUACGUAAGACCGAGAAGAAGAACCCCAACCCCCAACCAACCUACUACUAUUUUGUAGCUGCGAGAAGCCAUCACUUUAUGACUCCACCGAGAACUUGGGUCUUUGAUCUUUGUAGCCGCCAGAGGCAACCGGAUUGACCUGCCCCAAUAGCAGCUACCGGACAAAGUGUUCGAAGAAGCCACGACCAAGCAUCCACAACACAAGCUGUACAACAAUCUAUGUGGGAGCAAAACUAAUGUAGUCGUGCAUUCUGGCCUACCGUAGCUAGACACUGUUUAUCCUCCAGACGCUUUCAUCCGCCAGCACUUGUUUUCCGGCACAUGCCUGGGAGGAGGAAGUGAUCAAAGGAGACCGCGGACAACAAGAGCACUCUCUGGCGAGACAUCCAGGAUGCCCUCCAACUUUUCUGCUACAGCAUCCUUGGAGUCGUUGAUGCGUCGCUCAAAAUAUGUGGUGUAAUUCUCGACGUUUACCGUAUUGGAAGCAUAGAUCAUGGUAAAUUGGUAUUCAUAGGACGUGUUGCCGAACUGCAGGCUUGGACCAAACACCGCCCCCUGUUUCUCUUGAACUGCCAACUUUUGCAUUUCGUUCCCAGAGGUGAGGGUCACCCAGAUAUCCUCAUCGUAGCUCUUCUGGGUCUCGUAGAGACAAACGGAUGUGACAUUUCUGAUCUCCUCUGAUGUUGCAUAAUCGGGAGCGAAAGAUGAUGUUGUGUUCUCCAUGAAACCUGCGAGCUCCUGUACUUGUGAUGGCGACCUCAUCGCACCAUCACCAGUGGGACCAUCCAAUGUGAAGAUGAGGGAAAAGGUUUGGUUGGAGUUGUGCAUGUAGAUUGUUCCAGUGGGGCUUGUUGUCGAGGACGUUGGGUUCAUGGACAAUGUUGGAACGCUGGUGGGCGCAAUCGAUGGAGUCGAGGGGCUCAUCGAGUUGGUGGGAAUGCUAGUGGGUCUGAACGAGGGGGUCUCUGUGAUUGUGGGACUUGGAGCGAUAUUCCCAUUGGCCUCAUUUUCAACAGCCGGUGGUGGCAGGGUGUCAUUGCUAGAUUGGCGACCGGGGAUUGCACCCACAGUAAAGAGGAUAAUUACAAUGGCAGCGAUCAAUAACACAAAGCCAAACAAAUAAAACCAGCGACGACUGAUCAAUAGUUUCCCCUGCCUGUCUUCCGUCUCUUGUUGGUUGGGAUCUGUAGCUGGAGCAGGCUCGGCCCGUACAAUUUCGGGCUCAAAUACAAUUCUGGCUUCCAAAAGGGGAGGUCGUGGGUUUUCUCUUUCAGCAAUCGUUGGGGCAUCAAGUACAUGAACCGCUGCUUCCAGAUCUUCCACUGGAACAGGAUUGGCGCGAUCACCAGCAGCACCCCCUCUUGCAGUCCGCUCUGGAACGGAAGGAGGGUCCUCGGUAUCGACCUCGGCGUGUUCGGUAUCUCCAGCAGCUCCAGUACCCUCCUGCCGCCGCUCCUUUUUUCUGGCAUGAUACUGCUGACUCCUUUCAAUGGUUGUGCGACUCGCUACGUUCUCGGUCUUCUUCUUUCGCUCUGCGUAAGCUUGCCGAGAUGCUGGGAAGCGAGGUUUCGCGGAGGGCUCUUCUUCUGCUAUCGGCUUGGCGCCCUUUUCUUGCUUCUUACGUUGCGCGUAUUUUUCUCUAGAGGCAGGAAAUGAACCAGGUGUGGCAGCAUCCGAUGCUUUGAUGUCCUCUAAGUUAGAAGCCAUGGUGGAUCCAGCCGCCUGAGGUUUGCUGGGCAUGUCUGUAAAAAAGGAUGAAGGAGGAAGCGAGCGAAAAGUGAGAACCCAUGCCAGCCA